GACUUGGGAGCACAAGGAAUUCAAGUUUCUAAAUCACUUAGCUGCUUUUGAAAGCCUGCCACAAUUCCUGUGAGGAGGAGGAGGAUGGAAAACCAUAAUAUUUUACUCCCCUAUAAAAACACUUGCUCAUCCCGCCAGAGUGGAUGAGAAUUUAGGAAGGCUGAGAUGUGCCCCUUUUCCUCAGGUCCUCGGAAUACACGUCUAAGAGCUUUUGGGGAGGAGGGCACGUGAAGCUCGCUGUGGAGGAGCAUUCCAGCGGAAGCACAUGAUGCUUUCUAUCACAUGCCUUACUUGCUGCAAUCGUCUGCUUUGCAGAGUACUGGCAUUCCAGACGCACAGUGCAUCAAGAACAGGGACUGCCCUGCGGGGGAAGCUGUGAUAGCUGGCAAUGGGGUCAAGACCGGCCGCUGUUUGAAAGCCAGGAGCAACAUCAAUGGGACAUGUGAAAUAUUAGCCUGGUGUCCAGUGGAGAAAAAAUUCAAGCCCAAGAAACCGCUUUUAGCGAGUGCAGAAAACUUCACAGUUUACAUCAAAAACUCGAUCCGCUUCCCUAAGUUUAAAUUCUCCAAGUAAGUAUGUUCCUGUCUCACUUUCUUUCUCUCGCAGCAUUUUUCUCUUGUCAAUAAUCCAAAUAGCUCCUGAGUUCUCCCGUCCGUUGGUAACCAGAGGAGAGUACUUGGCUCCUGCUUAUGUAGGAGCAGGGAAGGCAAUGAAGGAUUUCAGCUUAGGGGGAAGAUUUUCAGACUGGUGAAAGCUUCCCACGUAGUCUUUGACAGCUGUCUCGUCUGGCUAUAUGUAUCCUAGUUGUCACAGCAUUCACCAAUGGGAUCAAUACGACCCUUUAUUUCCAUCAUAGGGUUUGUAUUAAUCGAAGGAUAUGUCUUCACUGCAGUUUUUCCAGAAAAACUACACUU